GAGUGGGCGGGGCCGGCGGGUGGUGGCGGUUGGCGCGACUCGGGAAGCGGCUGCACGUGCGGGCGGGGGCGAUGCGUCACUGACCGGAGGAACGAGGAUGAACAUGACUCAAGCCCGAGUUCUGGUGGCUGCCGUGGUGGGGCUGGUGGUUGUCCUCCUCUAUGCUUCCAUCCACAAGAUCGAGGAAGGACACCUGGCCGUGUACUACAGGGGAGGAGCUUUACUAACUAGCCCCAGUGGACCAGGCUAUCAUAUCAUGUUGCCUUUCAUUACUACGUUCAGAUCUGUGCAGACUACCCUACAAACUGAUGAAGUUAAAAAUGUGCCUUGUGGAACAAGUGGUGGGGUCAUGAUCUAUAUUGACCGGAUAGAAGUGGUGAAUAUGUUGGCUCCUUAUGCAGUAUUUGAUAUCGUGAGAAACUAUACUGCAGAUUAUGACAAGACCUUAAUCUUCAAUAAAAUCCACCAUGAGCUGAACCAGUUUUGUAGUGCCCACACACUUCAAGAAGUUUACAUUGAAUUGUUUGAUCAAAUAGAUGAAAACUUGAAGCAAGCACUACAGAAAGAUUUGAACAUCAUGGCCCCUGGUCUCACCAUACAGGCUGUGCGUGUCACAAAGCCCAAAAUCCCAGAAGCCAUAAGAAGAAAUUUUGAGUUAAUGGAAGCUGAGAAGACAAAACUUCUUAUAGCUGCACAAAAACAAAAGGUUGUGGAGAAAGAAGCUGAGACAGAGAGGAAAAAGGCUGUUAUAGAAGCAGAGAAGAUUGCACAAGUGGCAAAAAUUCGCUUUCAGCAGAAGGUGAUGGAGAAAGAAACUGAAAAGCGCAUUUCAGAAAUUGAAGACGCUGCAUUCCUGGCCCGUGAGAAGGCAAAAGCAGAUGCUGAGUAUUAUGCUGCACACAAAUACGCCACCUCAAACAAGCACAAAUUGACCCCUGAGUAUCUGGAGCUCAAAAAGUACCAGGCCAUUGCUUCUAACAGUAAGAUCUACUUUGGCAGCAACAUCCCUAACAUGUUCGUGGACUCCUCUUGUGCGUUGAAAUAUUCAGGUGUUAGGACUGGAGGAGAAAGCUCUCUCCCCCAUGAGGAGGCUCCGGAACCCUCUGGAGAGAGUGCAAUCCAAAACAAGGAGAGCACAGGUUGAUGCAAGAGGUGGAAAUAUUCCUUCAUAAAGAAAUGUGGCUUGGGGCUAACUGGGAAUAGUGGUUUUAUGGUCUCCUCAGAUUUACAGAGAAUUUGUGCUGUCUGUCCUGGCUCUCUUGUGAUAGUCCUAGUUUGUCAGCUGAUUGCAGGAUAGAACAGGCUGUCUGACAGCCACCAUUUUAUCAAGUAUCCUGUAUGUGUAUGUAUUCCUUUCUAAACUGGUACUCAUGAGUGAGGGAAUGUCUAAUGCUAAGAUACUGCCUGCACUGGAAUGUUAAACACUAAAUAUAUAACAAGCUGUGUUUUUCUAA